GUUAAAUCGUACUUCAACAUCCGAAUCAUACUGUAUUAUUUGUAGUGAGAAGGGUAAGAUCGUAAUAACAAGAAUCGUCGGGAAUAAAAAUCAAUUGUUUAGUUCCAUCGACUAUUGAGCUCAAAUGCUAUAAACCCGUCGCCGUUGCUUAGAGCUCAAAAGCGUGUCGAAGCCGCUUUGCAUCUUCAAAGGCAAUCUUCAAAAUUUUCAUAUCUUUAAACUCUCAGUAGUAGCCAGUCUCUAGAGAGAGAGAGAUACAUACAGAGCUCGAGAAGAAGCCUCUAGAGAGAGAGAGAUAGAGAGAGAGAAACGUUUUUUCUUCAGAGCUUGACGAACGGAUAAAGGAUUUAUCCUCAAAGAGAGAGAGAGAGAGAAUUGAGAAAAAAGCAGUUUUCAUGGGUUCUCUAAUGCAAUCUGAGCAAGAGAUGGAGAAGAAACCAGUAGGGAUUCGAUUCUUGGAACGAAUCAAAGGCUCAAAGCUCUCUUACAACGCGUAUCAAGCGAUAGUCUUGAUCGUGACGUUCCUCGCUUACGCAAGCUAUCACGCCGCAAGAAAAACAACAAGCAUUGUGAAGAGCGCGCUUGAUCCACAAUCUCCAGAUACAGGGCUUAACUCACUCCUUUUGAGAUUCACCUCGUAUCGAUCAGCCGGAAAAGAACAAGAUGACGGUGGUUGGGCUCCGUUCAACGGACCAAACGGAACGGUUCUGCUCGGUGAGAUCGACGUUGCGUUUCUUGCGGUGUACGCUUUCGGGAUGUACUUCGCGGGACAUUUGGGAGAUAGGAUGAACCUGAGGAUAUUCUUGACCGUUGGUAUGAUCGGAACCGGUUUGUUCACUUCUCUGUUCGGCGUCGGUUAUUGGGCGAAUGUUCAUAGCUUUUACUACUUCUUGAUCAUGCAAAUGCUCGCUGGUCUGUUUCAAUCCUCUGGUUGGCCUUCUGUUGUCGCUGUGGUUGGAAACUGGUUUAACAAGAAGAAGAGAGGAUUGAUCAUGGGGAUAUGGAACGCGCACACUUCCGUUGGGAACAUCACUGGCUCGUUGAUCGCUGCUGCGAUGCUUAGAUAUGGUUGGGGAUGGUCUUUUGUGGUUCCUGGUGUGGUUAUAGUCUUGGUCGGGCUUGUGAAUUUCGCUUUCUUGCCUGUGAAUCCGGAGACUGUUGGAGCAGAGAGAGACGAGGAUGUUGUUGGUUCCAGUGAGAAGAUCGGUGACUCUGUGAAUGUCCCGUUGCUAUUGAGCUCGUCGGAUUCCGAAACCGACGACAAGAAACGGCCUGUUGGGUUCAUCGAGGCAUGGAGGAUUCCGGGAGUCGCGCCGUUCGCGCUUUGUCUCUUCUUUGCUAAGUUGGUCGCUUACACUUUCCUCUAUUGGCUCCCUUUUUACGUUAGCCACACAGCGAUUGAAGGAGAGUAUUUAUCAGACGAAACAGCGGGAAAUCUUUCGACAAUGUUCGAUGUUGGAGGUGUGGUCGGAGGGAUCAUGGCCGGUUACAUUUCAGACAGGAUCGGAGCAAGAGCUAUAACAGCUGCGAGUUUCAUGUACUGCUCAAUACCAGCUCUGUUCUUCUACCGGAGCUAUGGUCACGUGUCGCUAUUAGCCAACGCGUCUCUCAUGUUCUUGACGGGAAUGUUGGUUAAUGGGCCUUACGCUUUGAUCACAACGGCUGUUUCAGCCGAUCUCGGGACGCAUAGCUCGUUGAAAGGAAACUCAAGAGCUUUGGCUACAGUGACGGCUAUAAUCGACGGUACGGGAUCCGUUGGAGCGGCAGUUGGACCGUUGCUAACGGGUUAUAUAUCGUCGAGGAGUAGCUGGACCGCGGUUUUCACCAUGUUGAUGGGAGCUGCGUUUGUGGCUGGACUGUUGCUUACGAGGCUUGUGAUGGCUGAAGUAGCGACUAAGAUAGCUGAGUCUAGACCGUCGGAGUCAGUGUGUAGAUCUCCCGUGGACCAUCAGGGUCUUGUGCUAGAAGUGUGACCAACUUUGAACGCUAUUUUAGUUGCGUUUGUAAGUUGUGUUUUUUUUUGUAUUAAAGAGGGAAGACUCGGGACCGGAGUUUUAGGUCAAGAUUUGGUCUAUGGGGGAAUUUGUAAACAUGUAAACUGUAUUGUGAAUGUACAUAAAUUAAUAUAUACUAUAUAUAUAUAUAUUGUUCUUGAUUUGAUCAAUUUAUCCAAGAAGAAUGUC